AUGUACAAUCAUCAAAUUUACUCCUUCCGCUGCGCGAAGCAGGAGGAUGAAUUCGACGAUUUAGACAUACAUAAAUAUAUGAGCCAGGAACUAAAUUCAAACGUGUUAGCCAAAAUGAGAUUCCUCCUCAUUUUAAUUUUCGGAAGUGGGUGUGUGAGUUCAAACAACUACAGCGGAGACGGUCAACCAUCCAUAGGCAAAGUCACAACCAAAUCCAUGACGUCCAAUCCAGGGCUGUUGUACGAUCCUUUUAAGAAGGUUCAUCUAAUUGAAGAGGAAUGGAAAAUCAUCAGCUACAUCAAUAUCAAUAAAUUGAUUAACAUGAAUUCCUACAAUGACCAACAGUACGAGGCUACUUUGAACCAUUGCGAAAGAUAUUUCUCGAUAGAAGAUUGCCGCUUGUAUCUCAAGGUACAAUUAUUUCAAGAAAUUUACGGGGAACUUCAAAAUGCAAUCCAUCGCCUGAGUCAACUAUUAGACGAAACACAAGAAAAGACCAAUAAUCCAAGAAACCGAGUCCGGAGAGCCCCUUGGUUCGGAAUUGUAGGAAAAGUUGCCCGCGAAUUGUUUGGGACCAUGGACUACAGCGAUUACGAGCAUAUCAACCGAGAAUUAAAUAAACUCUAUUAA